AUGGCGGCCCCGGGCUCAUACUCGGCCUACAAAACAAACGUUGGACGCUCUGUCACCAAGAAGUGGAAAGAUGCAAAUCAAAUAAACUAUGAUGGCGACGACUGGGGUGACGACGACGACGACGGCUACGAUAACAAUCCUUCUCCUGCUGCUGUCUCUGCCGACAACCCCAGACAUCCUGGUUGGGACAGCCAGUCGAAUCGAAGCUUCACAAAUCCCAUUCCGCCCUCCUAUGCGCCCCCGCCUGCUCCCUCGCAGAACCAUCAAAGGCCUUCUUUCGACCGUGGCGCCGACGAGAGACGGUACUUUUCCACCGGCAGCGGCUUCGACUCGGCCUAUCCCUCCACUCAGCGCGAUCCUUUCCCCGAACCUCAACAUGAAUAUGAUAUUCCUGUUCCAGCCUAUCGAGACCAGCCUCCUCUGCGUCUAAAUACCCAAGGCCCACCUCCAUCCAAUACUUUCCGACCAGGCUCAAGAGGGAGACAAUAUCCGCCAUACGACGAUGCUCCCUUAUCUGCUCCGAGUAUCUUCUCCCAGCAGCAACGACGAUCGGGCUCUAGUAGCCGUCCUCCCCCGGCCGAGAUCUUUCAGCGUCAUGAAAGUCCCAUGCGACCCGAAAGUCGAGGCUCCACUACCUCGGCCAGACACUUUCCCCCUCGCAAAGCCAGUCUGGGUCAACCAUCGCCAGAUCUCAGUCGUCCAGCCAAUGACUCAGUCACGUCUUCCUCGCCCAUUGCCACCAGUCCCGCCACUGGUGACAGGCCGAUUCCCACCUUCAUUCGCCCUUCAGACAUUUACAAGAGAAUGCCCGAAGAGGUGGAAAAGGCGCGCGCCUCGCAAGACUCCUCCUCCAGACCAAGCGUUGAUUCUACCGGCUUUCGACCACAACCAGAGACUCUCGACAUCAAAUCUAUCUCCUCUGAGCCUAGAGAUACUCUCGCCGAGGACUCGGAUUCCACCAGGCGUCUCAAAUCAACCUUGGAUCCAGUACCGGAGCGCAAGAGCGAGUAUGGCCUUGACAAUCUACUUAACCCCUCCUCGACACAGGCCCCUUCUGCCGCGGUAGACAGCCCCACAGAGCUCACCGAGGCUGGAAUUGCAAGGCAUCCUACAAAUGCUUCCUCUGUCUACACCGAUCGACCUGAUCCUGUUUCUGCCUCAACCGUCUCAAGGAAUCAGUCAAUGCAUGAAGGAAUCCCCGAAGAGCCGCUUGCAAAUCGUAUGAGCUACGGGUUACCCGCCAUUGGCAGGAUGUCAAGCUUUGGCAUGGAUCUGGGGGCACUUGGUUCAUCGGCGUCUGACACUUCCCGCCAUAUCCCACCAACCCCUUCUUUACCUCCACCUCCUCCACCAGUGCCGCAGAAAGACGACUCCGCUCUGGACCGAGCCGCGGCUGAAUCACAAACUCAACCCCUCCAACAUCAACCUUCGCUAGGUUACAGGUCUAUGGUGCAGCAGGCUUUCGAUGACAGUCAAAAAGACACGUCCUUCUCGCCAACCUCCACCACGAAUAGUGUCUAUAGGUCUAACAGUACGUCCACCUCGGAUAUCAGUCCCAUAAUCAGUCACAAGCCGCACUCAUUGGCUACUUUGUCGGCCACUCCAGGCACCUACGCUGUGAUUCCCGAAGAGCCGUCCCAGCUGGACUCCCGCAGAAAUACCACAGAAUCCCUGAGGGCCGAAGCUCCAUCCAAUCCCCAACUUGGCAUCUCUCAUCCAGUAUCCAUCCGCCCUGAAUUUUCUCGUGUUGACACCCCUCCUACUCAGGACAUUGCCCCUACCAAGAGAUCGACAAAUAUUGAAUCUCUCACCUCCCCAGAAUCAGAACAUGCUUCUGUUGCUGCUGUCAACGAGUAUCUUGGGGCCCCCGCCAAGGGCGAAUCCUGCUUGGAUGAGCCGACCACGGCACCCGCAUCUGCUGGGAAAUCACUACCUCCAGUCCUGGCCCCUCAGGCUGACACUGCUGCCGCCGCUGGACGAUCAGCUUCAGAAGAAUGGAAAGAGUGGCAAGCACAUCGCAAUCAAUUCAAAGUCCAAGCUGGUCUCCAGGAUAGCGGUCCCACGACUCCCCACAUUCCCUCACCCAUCACUCGGUCUGAAAGUCCACCAAAGGGAACAGUCAGAGGAAUUGCUGGAAAGCUGGAAUCAAAUUCUGGACGGUCAAGCCCAAGCAAUGUUAAUAUCACAGACACAUCGCCGCCCUCUGCUAUACCUGAGCCGACACGACCUGCGCCAGAGCCGCGGCAGGACAGCUUCCGGCCAGCGAUCCCUGGAGGCUGGCAAUCAUAUACUUCUACCGCCACGUCAGACUCAAUAAAAGCUCAACCUGCGGAGCCAUCGGCCCGUCCUUCCCCUUUGGCUGCACAUCGUUCAGACACCACCGAAAGCAUCCCCACAGCCAAAGCUCCAGCUCGUGAGGCGAAUGAUGGUAUCUCUAAGACUGCUUUUGCUGCUGCAGCAAGUGCAGGCACUGCUUUGGCCAGUGCUUUUGCGGGACAGCCACAGCCAGACCGUGUUGCAGCUUCUAAAUCGCCUACGCGUUCUGAGGUAUCCAGUGAAAACGAAUGGGACGCUUCGAGUUCAGAUGACGAAGAUGAACUACCCGCCGGUCCGAGCAAUGAAGCAAGCCUUCAUGACCGGAGCAUCUCACCCAUCAGGCCGUCCACUCCGCCCGCAUUGGCACCAAGGCCCCUUGUUGCGGCGUCAACGCCAUCGUCUAUCGCUACUGCGAGCGAAAGUGACAGGCCUCGGUCAGAGCCGAUUGACUACCCGGCUCCGCUACGAACAAGCAGAAUAUUGGACUCAAGUCCCAUGUCGCGCCCACCUAUUCCAAAUGUCGCCCUGUCUACAGCCUCAACUAAUGAAGACAAUGAUAGACUACAACAUGAAAUUGUCAAAAGUCUGACCCCAAAAUCUUCUAAUAUUGAAGGGGAAUCCCUCAACCAUGGUCCAGUCGCCCAUCCAACGUCUGAAAGGGGUAGCUCGACUUACGAAAGACCAGAUACUGUUCAGAAACUGGAACAACCUUCCAGCGCAAACCAGGCGGGCCAGAUCCCAUUCUCUUCCCCUCCCCCUCCAAUCACCACCAGCGAUCAGCCGACCACUUCAUCAUCCGCUCAAGGAGCACCUUUGGCGCAGAGACCACACUUACAACAGCGAUUUUCGUGGGAAACUACCAGCGACAAGACUCCACCGACUACCACCCCCAAACAAUUGAGUCCUACCCCUACAGGUUCCCCUGACACUAUCAGGGAGCUCAUUCAGCCAGUAUCAAGCAUAUCUAAUCCAGCUGGACGCAGCGGACCAUUCGAUCGAAGUACGGGCCAGCAAAGCACAACCUCUGAGCGACCGCCAGUGCCUCUAGGCCCGAACCAACCUACCCUGCGUCAGACUGAUUGGCCUCAGCAGCCCUUCGUACAGAGUGGUUCUCUCAGUAGCCAGCCAGCAGUCAGUGCGCUUCCACCCACAUGGGCGCUUUCACAACCCCAGCCCCAGCCCACAGGGGCUCAGCAGUCUGCUGAACAGGCCGAACCUUCCAAACAACACCAAUACCCAGAGUCGGACUCAAUGCAACCACAACUGCCCAAAGACCAGCCCUCUAUUCACUUUCAAUCGCUGCAAGAACGCCAGACAACGCCACGCUCUCCUACCACUGGGGCGCCACCAAUGUCUACAUUGUCCAAUGUGGGAAACAAUGAGUUUUCUACGAAUCCACCGCAGAGACAGUAUCCUACAAGCGAUCCUGCCUCGUUUCGUUCUAUUAUGGCGCUUAGCACCCCGCAUGAGCGGAUUCUGGCUUUCAACGAAAGCAGACAAGCCCAUGCAACGUCUGACGGACAGUUGGAAGGGUGGUUGUCAUCGCUGAACACGACUGAACACUCGGACGUAUUCGCACGCAACCUCCGUGUCUCUCAUGAUACCACCGAGGCAGUAUCUGCUCAUAAGCCAUCUCCUCGACGAACUUUGACUGAAUCAGUCGGCUCAAGGCAUAUACAAGAAGAUGGCAAGAAACUGAUGGCCAAGGCGGGGAAAUUCGGUGGCAAGGCCGGCAUCGCUGCGAAAGGGUUGUUUGCGAAAGGAAAGGAGAAGAUGCGAAAUGCAAGCUCUGGCGAAAAGGGACGACGAAAGUCGACCGGCCUCUCCUCAACGGAUUCCAAUGAAGUCCUCCACGACCAGCAAUCCCAGCCACGAGAGCCCACAUUCCUCGAUGGCCCACCGCAAAUUCCAUUCACGCUGUCCCCUGCCAGCCCUCUCGAAUCGUCCAAUUGGUUCGCGAAGUCAAAUUUGAGUCUAGAUGAUCCAACCGCAACUAGACAGACUGGAGAUGCAACCUCAUCUAAUUCAUCUUUUCUGCAGGAGAAGCCCAUUGGCGACCCCACCAAGUCGACUGCUACUCCAGCAAGCCCUGCUAUUUCCGCCCUUGUCGAUGACGAUCAAAGUGACAAGGCGGGGAUCCCAAGUCGAUCUAUCAGUCAAUUGACCCGUCCAACAGCAGAUGAUUCUCCGCUCGAAUCGCCUCUUAGGGGUACAGCGGAACGAGAGGUGGGCAGGGAAGGUCCUCCGGCUCUUUCCCAUCAGCAUCUCAAUGCUCCAGUCGAGUCUGCAAUCACCAAUCUCAAUGCACCUGGACCUUUCCCCGGACAAAUUCAUGGCCCGAGGUCAGAUGUUCAUUCAAGUGAUCGCAGUCUUCAGGUGCCAGAUGAUCGAAGGCGAUCGAUUAUAUCUGAUGUGUCAAGCGCCAGCCCCGGUCCAGGUCCAGAGUCUGACAAGCAGAUCAGGCGAAGCGUAUCACCUGCAGAUGAUGUUCCAGCUUCGCAAGAGCCAGCUAAUGUGGAGAAGCCGGAUGACCCAGUCGAGAGUGAUAUAAGCACAGAUAACCAGCUCCCAGGCUACGAACAAAUCGUCUCAGAGCCUGUGGACUUGCCUCCAGAGAAGUCUGUGCUUGAUGGCCCGCCACCAGGAAUAGAUGACCCCUACUAUCGGAGAGAGUCGAAUCCUAACUUAUAUAUCCCGCAACCGGCUACGGCGCAACAUACCGACCCCACACCAUCAACAAAUCAGUAUGAGACCUCCAAUGAUGGUCCUCCGUCCUUGUUGACUAGUGGAGACGAUGUUGAACAGAACCGACAAUUACAAGGUGCGGGUUCUGGGGAUUUUGGCAAAGCCUCAGAACCACCGCUUAGUCCUGUGAGUCAAGCGCUUAGCAAGGAGAUGUCACAAGUCAGUGUGGAUGAAUUCGACCAAGCAAAUGCCGCUGGACAACGACAAUCAAGGUCCUACUCAAGACCGUUUAGUGCGGACCCUAAUGUUCGCAACCACCCAGCUUUCAAGACAUCAGAACCCGAACAACCUAAUAUCGAUCGAGCACAGAUGUAUUCUAGUGAAAGCCCGCUCCCAAGCGCUAGGCGAAAUCCGGAGGACGUUGAUCGCCUCCGACAACAAAUUGGGAGCGAGCAAUUUUUCACAACUCAAUCGACGCAAGAAGAGAGUCCGUCUGCAGGUGCUUAUCGUAUUCCUGGUCCAUACAUACAAAACUAUAGGUCCCCAAAACAGAUUACUACUCCACGAGUUGGGCGUAGUGAGACUCAGGUGGAGGCAAGCGGGCAGCCGCUCCCAAGUACUCUCAGGUCACAGCAACAGGAACAGGAACGACAACAUCAGCAAUACCAAAGUCAACAACAAUAUCAACAACAAUUGCAGCAAGAACAGCUUUACCAACAGUAUCAGCAGCAGCAGCAAGCACAGCCUCAGGGUCCUUUCCAACCCCCAUUAAAAUCACAGAUAAUGCAGGAAUCUGGAAGGCCACCUUUCAUUCCUGAGCAGAGUCGUGCUGAACAUGACCAUCAACACUAUAGAGAAUACAUGCCGACGAACUCAAGACAGUACUCCUAUGAAGGAGACAAUCCUUCCCACCGUCUGUCACAGCAGCCUGAUCAACUCGCCCAAAGACAACAGCAGGCCAUGGGACCUCUUCCGGCCCCGACGCCUCAGACUACGUCGUCCAAUCCUCCUACUGCUCGCAAGAAGAGCACUUUCGGUAGCUUUUUUGGCGGCGGCUCCAAAUCAAAGUUGAAGAAGCAAGAACGGUUACCAGCACCAGUUCCUGAGAACCAAGAUGUCCCGCAGAAGGACAAGCGUGCCAGUAUAUUCCGACGCAAUAGUCGGCAUGAUAGCAUCUCCUCCCAACAAAGUAGUCAGUAUGGUGGUCAAGACCAAAUUGGUCAAUUACCAACAUGGAACACAACUACUCAAUCUGGAAGGAGACAAUCGAAGGAUAUCUUGAGGACUUCCAGUAAUGAAGCCAAGGAGCAUCCGGUCGAGAAGGAGAAGAAGAAGAGGUUCUCUGGUCUAGGUAGCAAGCUCUUCAAAAGUGGAAGCUCAGCCAAGCCCCCGGCAGCUGCUAGCCCAGCUUUACCUCAACCCCAGAUGGGUACCAAACAGCCAUAUCAGCAACAAUACACUGCACAAAACUACAUGUCCCCACAAAACACAUAUGGACAAUACUCCGGUGAUGCAUGGACUACGCAGGAGCAGCAACCACCAGCACAGUUUCAACGAGGAUAUUCCCAUUCCUCGCAGCAGCCAGAAGCCCAGCAUGAAUUUCCCCGCGGCCCACAACAACAGUUCUCACAGCCUCAGCGAGCAUUUACUCAGCCUGUACAGCAACGACGGCCUGACUCACAAUACGACUACUCCACAACCCCUUCUAGCCAACCAGAAAGCCACUAUCCAACCGCGACAUCCCCAUUUCAGUACUCGUCUGGAAUGGCACGCGGCAUUCACCCGUCCAUGCAACCAGUCCAACCUGGAGUUAGUCCCCAUCCCGGAAACUAUUCUGCCAAUAUCACUCCAUACCUCAACCCAGAUCAACGUCGUCCUUCCGAUCUUCGCAUUGACACAAACACUCCUAAUCACAGUUCUCAUAGUAUCCCUGCGACUGCUCCCGCACAAGUUUAUCCCAAUCGUGGAUCUUCACUCUCUCCCACGCCCCCUAGGAAUGUAGUGCCACGCCCAUAUGCAGACCCAAGUCCAGGUUUCACCAGUACCACGGCCCCUCUUUCAGCUGCAGCUUCUAGCACAAAACCUGGCCCUGGUCGCAACCACGUUAUGGACUUACACAAGCGUUCCCGAUCUCCAAAACUUGGCCGCAAGAACUCAUCCGAGGACUUUGAUGCACAGCGUCGACAGGAGCAGGAGAAUGGACUGGCUGCCACUGGAUUGGGUACCUUCAUCUCCAAGAGGAUUAGCCCUGUAGGCGGCGUUCCCAGACCAGAUUCUGAUCAAGAACGUCCGUACGCCAUCGACUUACCUGGUCUCGAUGAAGACGCAGGUCAGAGCCAGGCUGCCGGGCACAGAAGAACUAGGACAAUGAGUCCCAUUCCACCAUCUGUCCAACAAAACACGCUAGGAGACCCAGCAGCAGCUAGAAGCGGAACACCAGUAAGUCUUGCCGGCACCGCCAUGGACGUGGGAACAGGAGCCACGAUUGGUGGCACAGGUACAUAUUCGCGCGCCAUUCAAUCCGACGCAACGGACGGUCUGGUGAGCCGCUCUGGCACCAGUGCUGCCCCACAGCAUCAACAAACUGGCAAAGCAAUCGCGCGCGAUAAAUCUGUCGGCGGCGCGGCGGUCGAGCUGCCCGGUUCCAAGCCUGACGGCUACGAGAGCGAAGAGGAGGUCCUCAUGAGUGCUACCGCGUAUCCUGGCCAGGAGUGGAUGCCGACAUUCGUGGGCGAUGGCAGAUGGGAUGACUGA